UACACCACGUUGAGUGUAGCUUCUAAAGUUAACACGUGUUUGUCUCCCUUUACUAUGACAAUUUCUAGCUAUUAUGGCAACACCACAAGAAAAUCCACUUAUAGGACUCUGUGACGGAGCUAUUGAUGACAAGAGGAGAAACCUGUCUACAUUUCUGACCAACAAGGUCGGAGGUGAACCGGACCUGCUCCCUGCUGUAUCCCUGGAGUAUCCAAGGUGUGCUCUGUGUAGCUCUUCUCUUUCUCAUGUUGUGCAGGUAUAUUGUCCUCUUGAUGCCUCUUCCUAUCAUCGGACCAUAAAUGUAUUUGCCUGCACCAACUCAGACUGCCAUGGCAAAUCUGACAGCUGGAGGGUCCUGCGCUCACAGUGCCUGGAGUCAGACAUCAAGUCCUCUACAGAGCGACUAAGGGCUGAGGACCCAGCAGUGCAGCAAGCGCCCAUGGCUAGCACUGACUGGUGUGAUGAUGCAGAUGACUGGGGCGAGGAAGAAGAUGGCGGUGAAACAUGGACUGCCAGUAAGACUCAGACUGUACAGAAUGCCACUGUGUUUUCUACUGAAGCUGCUCCGGAUGUCAGCAGUCAACUACAGUGCCUCAGUAUUAGCUCGAGAGGGGAUCCUAAGCUCGAGGGCCCAAUGUUUCAGCCCUUCUAUGUCAGUGUAGUUGAGGAGUCUGACUUUGCGUGGGACUGUGGCAUGGAGCAUGCUAAGGAGUUGCUGCGAGAGUAUGAGCAACGCGAGGGUGCGACUGCAAUGGACUUGAAGGCAGGUGAGGGAGGGGGACAAGAGAGGUAUGAGAAAGCAGAGGCCCGCCAUGGGGAUGCUGUGUUCACAGGUUUCAUGAAGAGAAUCUCCCUAUGUCCUGAACAGGUUUUAAGAUACUGUAGAAAUAGUUCACCAUUGUUCAUCUCCAAACCACCUUUGGAUGUAAAACAGAUCGUUCCACCAUGCUGUCACUGUGGAAGUUCUAGAACAUUUGAAUUCCAGCUUAUGCCAGCUCUGGUCAGUUUACUCAGAAUGUGUGACCCACAAUUGGAUCUGGCUAUUGAGUUUGGAACAGUUUUAGUUUACACCUGCCAAAGCAGUUGCUGGAUAUCAGGCUUAAACUCACCUAUGGAGGAGUUUGCAUUUGUACAGGCAGACCCUGACCAAAAACAUUUUAAAUAACACACCCAACUGUUUUAUUUACAGUCUGCUUGUGUCUUGUGACUGUUUUGAACAAAGCCAGGUUGGAAGCCAGCCCGAAUUUAUCCUAUAAGUUUGAGUUUGACCAUGCCACGUUACAAUAAAACACUUUUGAUGUUAAAAGGGAUCAUGUUGGCUAUUAACUGUCGGUCCAGUUUUGUUGUGUAAAUUUGCUGGCAUUGACAUAUCAGAUGGGUAUUUUUGUGUGAACAAUUAAAAUAAAAACAUAUAUUUACUUUGGUCUUGCCCUCAUACAAAACUGUGAUAAUAGUCCAUUUAUCCAGGUAAUCUUUUCAGCUUUUUAAAAGUGAUAUUUGCACUGAAAGUAUAUAUUAUUUGAUGUUUGAAAGCGCUCCAACUCAU